AAGCCGGCAACUGGCAAACCGUGUGGGUGCCGUCCAAGUGCCCUCUUGCUAGUUUGUUAUUAGUCGUCGAGCCUAUAAGUAGGUGUGCAGCCUUCGGUGUUCGACGUUCAAGUGUUGCUUUACUGCGACUGGGGCGGGGCACGAUUACCUACGCUCUCUCAUCUGAAGACACACAUCGAGAAAGUAAUCAGAUAGACCGGAAACUAUGUCAAUGAUCAUGUGGUUCCUCUCGAAAAACUUUUUCACACUACUGGCAUACAUCUCUUUACCCGUCGUUCUCGUUCGCAUUGCAAUGUCGUCCCCUAGGGGAAGAUACUGCGUCCGACUUGGGAUUUAUGUCGCGUCUAUGACCACGGUUGCAGCUGUAGCUGCUUUUAUCGGACUAGUAAUGGCGGUUUCAGGGCAUCGACUCGACGUCUGUUUUGUUACAGGCAGGCUUUUUUAUAUGGUGGGGAGCCGUACCACAGGUAUUACAGCCGAGGUGGAGGGUGAAGAGCACUUACAAACUCGGCCUGCGGUCUAUAUGAGCAAUCACCAGAGCAUGUUGGAUGUACUAUUUGUCACUAGAACAAUUCCCAAGAAAACAACAAUGACAGCUAAAAAGUCACUUCAAUUGACUCCUUUAGGGCCCUUCAUGAUGGCGGGUGGUGCGAUAUUUAUCGACAGAGGGGACAAUGCUCGGGCUAUUCGCUCGCUACAAGCCGCGGGGGAGUUGGUGGAGAGGGCACGCGCAUCAAUUUGGAUAUAUCCUGAAGGCACCCGCCACCUGUCCGAAGUUCCGGAUAUGCUUCCGUUCAAAAAAGGAGGUUUUCAUCUCGCAAUUCAGGCUGGUAUCCCCAUCGUUCCGGUCGUGACAGAGAAUUACUGGCACCUAUAUCACGAGGGACACUUUGAAGGUGGGCAGGCGAAGAUCCGAGGUAGAUUUCCCAUGUUUUUUGACUUUCAUUUCCUUUACUUUGGAACAUAGUUCUACCUCCUGUGCCCACGACUGGCAUGACCGUAGCAGAUAUUCCAGAACUCAUUGUCAGAGUACGGAAUCAAAUGUUGGAAGCUUUGCGGGACAUUUCUCGUCAAGUUCCAGCCGAGAAGGAAAGCGCGACGGAGGAGGAGGCCAUGCAGCAAAAAUAUAAUAGCGUCCAGUAAUAUUGUCCCUCCCUAUUAUAAUAGAUCUUGUGCCUCAUGGAAAUACUGGGUAUUAUUAUAA